GCGCCGUGCACGUCGCCUACACGCGGGGUCGCACGUAUGGUGCGUGGUGACGUUGUGGCGGCGCGGGCGCCAUCCCGGAAGCGCGAGCAAGGCCGCCAGAUGUGCAGGCAGCGGAGGAGGAGGAAGAGAUGGACCCCCCGGACUCGGCCUCGAGGGUCUUCUGCAGCCGCAUCCUGAGCAUGGUGAACACAGAUGACGUCAACGCUAUCAUCCUGGCUCAGAAGAACAUGCUGGACCGGUUUGAGAAGACCAACGAGAUGCUGCUGAAUUUCAACAACCUGUCGAGCGCCCGCCUGCAGCAAAUGAGUGAGCGCUUCCUGCACCACACAAGGACCCUGGUGGAGAUGAAGCGGGACCUGGACAGCAUCUUCCGCAGGAUCAGGACGCUGAAAGGGAAGCUGGCCAGGCAGCACCCGGAGGCCUUCAGCCACAUCCCAGAGGCAUCCCUCCUGGAGGACGAGGAUGAAGACCCCAUCCCACCCAGCACCACAACCACCAUUGCCACCUCGGAACAGAGCACGGGCUCUUGUGACACCAGCCCUGACACUGUCUCACCCUCCCUCAGCCCCGGCUUCGAGGACCUCUCCCAUGUCGGGUCCAGCUCCCCUGCCGUCAAUGGCCGGAGCCAGACGGAUGAUGAGGAGACACCGGGCGAGUAACACUACUCCCUGGUGCCCCGAGGGGUCUCAGGGCAGUGGCACUCCCCCGGUGUCUGAGGUGGCAGCAGGUAACCCUGCCUGGAGAUCAGCAGCUUCGCCACCCUGUUCUGUCACCCAGGGCUCCCCGGGGGACCUGGCUCCCUCUGGGGGUGUGGAAUUCCUAGGGGGUCUGUCAUUCCUACUUCUUCCUCAUUGAGAACAUGUCUUUUGCAGACCCCUCUGCCAGACCAGGGGAUGACCAGCUCAGCUGGAGUUGUUGGGCUGGGUGUGAGGGAGCUUUUCCAGAGCCAAGCUUGAGGUCUGCUAAAGGCUCCCAAAGACCAGAGCCAGAUUGCCCCUGCCCCGGUGCCCCAGUCGAGACCUCCUCAAAGCAGACCAGCACUGUCUGUCUGAGUUCACCCCAGCCCAUCCCUGCACCUACCAAUUCUGGUCUCCCUGUCCCUUCUUCCAACAAAAGUAUUGAAUACUGUCUCCAAUAGGUAUCUCAAGGAGGUUUCUGAGACAAUUGUAGAAGGCUCAAGAUGGAGGCUGGCCAUUCAGCCGCAAGCCUGAUAAAGCCUGUGUUUCUCUGACCAGAGGUGUGAACCUUGAAGGCCCAGCAGGCCUCUCCCAGGGCCUCCGUGGAGCAAGCUGAGCCACCUUGGAAAACAGAGUUAAACGGAAUAUUUUUGUACCCGAUGUUUACAGAUGCUAUUGGGAAGUUAUCAAUAAAAAGACUCUGUUACUAAAAAGGGAA